AUGGACAACGGCAAAGGGGAACACACUUGUCUUCGUACGGAGUGCGGCAUCUGUGGUGGGGCAUUGUUGGGUGGUGUUCGCUUCCUGCCACUCGCAAGCGGUGAAGUCUCGCCCGAGCAGAGGCCCUACUUGGAUAGUGCUAUUUUUCCUAUGAAUCGCAAUGCCAACCUUAACUUCAACAGCAGGUUGCUUUGUUGGGAUAGAAAUUGUUGGCGGUGCCCGCUCUCAUCCGAGGUGAUUGCCAUUCACUCCGAUUGCUUCAGAAUAUUCAGUCAAGAGGUGAAGGCCGAUGAUGCGCUUGAACGGCUAUGGGUGGCGGCGGUAUCACGAAGCUCUUGGCGUAUGGCUCCCAGUCUACGCCUUGAACAAGACACCAACGUCGAUGUAGACCUGGUUUAUGAAAAGGCUGCUAUACAAGGUGUGCCGAGGCUGAGGCUGCUUUCACCUGAGCUUGUCCAAAUGGUCAGAGAUCACUCGAAACCUGCAACGUUUUGGCGAUAUAUCUCUGUCCUGAGCUUUAGUCGGGAGCUCGCAGCAGCCUCCUCGGAUAGGAGCUUACCCACGUCGAUACCUCUGCAGAAUUUUGCGGCAUGGGCACGAGGAAGAGAAGCUGUUCUCUUAGAGCCACCAGGUGAGCCGCCUGUGAUACGUUUGACCAUCGAUGCCCACGGAAUCAAGGAGGUCGAAAGACUACCGCGCAGACGUUCGUAUCACCCGUGGCGAUCUGACAAGAUGGUGUACAUGAUUGAGGAGGCAAGCAGCCUCGGCGACUACAAUACCUUGUAUCUCAAGUUGCCUCAGCACAUUCGAGGAUUCCACAUAUGGGACUUGCGUAGCCCUCCCAUGUUGGAAGACUGCUUAUUUUCUACGCGUAUACCUCAGUCUACACUAUUCAGGACUGUCGAUCUAGAGGGCGUUUCCGGUCUUACAUUCUUCUAUUGUACCUUCAAAUUUUACGCGGUCCAUGCCCACACACCGUCAAAUUCGUGUGCGAAGCAAACAUUCGACAGGCUCGUUAACAAGAAGAGCACGGCUUGGAUACACCUUCCUAUGCCCAAAGGUGAAGAAAUCAUUGCGCUUGGAGUGAGGUUCGCGCAAGCAGGCACGCGAGGAGCGGGAGGGCUUGUAACACAAAGGCCCUAUUUCAUGGUUCGCACAAAACUGGCCGGCGACGUCUUCCUCGGCCCACCGCCCAGGGGAGAAGGGCAAGAUAUUAUCUUAAGCCAACUGCACCCAAGGCUGUUUAUAUACAACUCUCCCAAUCUUGGGCCGGCAACCGUUUUCGGAGCAUAUCCUGGGGCGGGGAGCAACGACCCCCUUUUUUCACCCUUCCGUCAGCCUUCGCUCGCUGGAGGUCCUCCUCCCCUUGGCAAUCUUUCGACAGCCCCUCUGGAAAAUGUGACUCGCAUUCAGAUUCUCGAAGAUGCAGACCUUGGCUUUUGCAGAGCCGUUGUAUUCGAUUACACAAACGGGGCUCAGCGGGCCGUUGGGGACUGCCGGCUAGGCGUUGAUCCCGCGAAGACGUACUUGAGACCUUCGCGCAUAUGCUACCUUCCCACCUUGUAUCCACGAGGUCUGCCAUCCCCGGGUCUUCUGACGCGAAACAAAGCUGUUAAAGUUGAGAGCGGAAGCGAGUCAAUUCACCGUCAUGACCAGGAUGGCUGGGUUUGUUCGCCAUUGGAGGGUACUUUGGAAUUCUUAUUUUCCGGGAACCAGUCGGUCAUCACCAUCGCUUCAGGGAGCGAUGACCAGGGCGUCUAG